AUGGAUCCCAUAACAGCCCUCGGCUUACUAUCCUCAGUGUCACAGCUCAUCCAGACCAGUAAUUCUCUUUUGGAGUUAAUGAAGAGUUUCAAAGAUGCCGAGAAAGAAAUCCUUGAACUUUUCAAUGAUGUCUCGAUUUUUGACGAAGCUCUCAAGGGCUUCGAUCGCGUGUUGCGGAGCCGCCAAACGAGACACAACAUAUCUGCAAAAGUCAUACAUAGCGCGCUUCAAGACGCUUUCGGAACAAUCCAAGAUCUGAAGACGAGAUUGGUACAAAUGUCGAAGUCCGAAGUCUCACCUAUACGUCGAAUGAAAUGGGUGCAGCACAAAUCGGGCCUCAAAAAGCUUCACGACCGCAUCAAGGAGCAGAGUGCAAUGCUGCAAAGUUUUUUGGCAUUAGCGCAUGCAGAAACAUUUCUUGCGGUCUGCAGGCAACAUCCAGAGUUCCUCCAGAUCGGCUCAACAGACGAUGGAGAAAGCGACUCCGCAUCUCUCCAGGAUUCCAUAAUGUCUGAACCUUCAACGCUUGCAUCUGGCAGCUCGACAUCCUCGCUUCGGAGAAUAUCUAUCGAUACUACUGCGUCAUCUGUUGGAAGUUCGACCUCGUCACUACAGAGGCUUUCAAUUGAUACCUCACCGACAUCUCCAUUGGUCCAGAGUUUUGUGGACAGCGUCCACGUUCACCCCGAGGCGAACCAGACGACGAAUGUCGACGGUCAUUCAACAGACGCAUUGGCAAUUCGUCGAGCGUGCCGAUAUGACUGUUUUUGCAAAUGCCACGCACGGAGUACGCCUAUUCCAAUUAGAGGUUUGUCGAAGGUCAAACCGCCGCAGUAUCAGUGCAGCGAGCCCAGCUGUCAAGGUGCAAAAUCAUUUGGGGAAAAGGUUGUGGUCCCUUCUACAUUCUUCCGCAAAGCCAUUUCACAGGUGAUGUCAUCCAAAAGUAUCAAGGUUCGCUAUGACCUGAACACUUAUCGAAUGGUAUCAGAGGGGUCGGACGCAAUGCGAUAUGUAAAGCAUGGAAAUUUGGAGAAGCUGAAAGCCUGCAUCAAAUCUGGAGAGGCUACUCUAUGGGACACGGCGCCAGAUGGAUGGUCUCUUCUCCACACCGCUGCCUACAAUCGACAACUACCCAUUGUGAAAUACCUUGUAGGACUUGGUGCUGAUACUGAAGCUGCUGACAUUGGGACACGCAAACCUGCUGACCUAGCUAUCUUGAAAUCGCUGGGCGCGGACUCGACACGUGUUGAACAAGACAUUGUGGAAGUUUUUUCUCAAAAAGAUGACUAUAUCAGCGAUUUUGAAUUCACGCCGAUUCACAUUGCUGUUCUCGACAUUUAUAAGCCUACAGACGUGGAGCGCCCAACGCUUGAACAGCUCAUAGAACUCGUCGACGAUGCUAACAACGCUCCUGCAGGAACGGACUGGGCUAAGUGGAAAACAAGAUACCGAAAGAGGUCCCCACUGUUCGGUGAAAUCAUUGAGCUCUUUCGAGCUUCGGCAUCCGAGAAACCAAAGGCUCCAAAAAUCAUUCACAACCUCCUCGAUCAGAAAGACAGAAAGUACUGCUGGACGCCCUUACACUGGGCCAGUUCGGCUGGACGAACAGACAAAAUGAAGAUCCUCAUAAACCACGGCGCAGACCCUUUUAUAUUAUCAAAUUUGGAUGCCAACAUCAUACACGCUGCAGCAGAGUCUAAGGCACUGAGUGGCUUGGUUAGCGCUCUUGAAAUCUGGAAACAAUAUCCGCAGCGGCUCAAUAUCAAUCAGGCCAACCGCUGGGCAGAAACACCGUUGCAUGUGGCUGCCUGGGGGUCUGUGGAAUGUGUUCGGCUUCUUUUGGAAGCAGGAGCGGACCGUAAUGUUCGACAAGAGGACCAGCAGGUUCCGCUUCAUUGUGCGGGUUUAUCGACGCGAGGUGAUAUCAGACGAGACAUUGUUGCUCUACUUUGUGGCGGAGAAAGUGGACCGCAUAUCAAUGCGCAAGAUGUGGACGGCCGGCCACCAAUGUUCGAUUUCUUAGAUGAUCCCAAGUGCAUGGAAAUGUUGAUCGAUGCCAGUGCGAGACUCGAUGUGUUAGAUACCUCCGGAAAGAGCACAUUCCAUCACGCGUGCAUACAGGACGAAACCGAAUCUCUGAAAUUGCUUCUCAGUCUAUCUCCUCCUGACUCCGUAAUGGUCACGGUGAAAGACCACGACGGCAACAGUGCGCUCAUCCACGCUCUUCGUCACGGCAGCGCAGAGAGUGCGAUGAUUCUGCUAAAACUCGAUAACGUGGGAGACAUCGUCGGUCAAGACGGAUGGGCGGCAGUCCACCACGCUGCGAAAUUGGGCAAUGCCGACGUGUUGGAGGCGGUUUUGAAGCAUUCGAGUUUUGUGAAAGGCAUGAAGACUAUUGACGGGAAGACUGUCGAGGUUGUCGCUAUGGAGUCGGGGAAUUGGUGUGGGAGAGUGAAAGAGCUGCUGAGGAAGUACAACUCGGUGACAUGA